GGGAAACCCUAUGUGCAAGCCGUGCAGCUUCGUUUCCGAGGCAAGCUGCUCAAGGGGUGUUGAGGCACAGUAAUCCACACUGGAAAUACUAUUUCAUUCCCAGAACAUUGUUAUUUCUUAUCUUAGCUGCCCAGAAAAGUAGGCGUUGGCUCACCGCAUUCCCAAUUCACGCUGGCUUCCCGGGCCAUUUACAGCGGGCUAGGCGCGACCAUUGUAGACUGAGUAGUAUGCACCAACGCGACUUAGUGCUGGCAAGCAGACGGCUGCAACUGUGCGAGGCGUUCUUGGCGCUCGCACUGGUGGCAGCUGUCGGCCUUCCGCCCGCGCACGGGGCUCAACCAGGAACCUAUGCGCUGGGCGACUUGCUGGUGACGUUCCCAACCCAAGAGAGAAGCUAUCCCUUGAUACAUGAGUCGCGAGCGUGGCGCCGCGGGCUGCGCACGCACAUUGUUAUGGACGCAAACCUGGACACUAGAACCCUCAACGCCUUGGGCGCCCCCUACAAUGAGACUUUCUCCGUCUCGCCCGACAUUCCCGGCCAUCCGCACACCAUCCGCCAUGCGCUCACGCCCAUGUACACGUAUGACGCGCUAGGGGGCGCCAACGGCACCUAUAGCUGGAUGCUGUUGGGAGACGAUGACACCGUGUGGUCGCUACCCGCGGUGCUGCGCCUGAUCAAUGGGCGGGGCCUGAAUGCGGAGGAGCCGCACAUGCUGAGUGAUUUCCAAUACCACUGCGUGCGGGAGCACUUCGAGUGCACCGCGCCCGUGGCAGUGGACCCAAGGUGCAAACCAUGCCCGGCUGGCGUGGCGUACUGCCCCUGCCGCCUCCCGGCCGGCUGCACGCGGCGGGGGUGGAACUACCGGGAGUGUCCGUACAAGCUGCGCGCGUCGCCGUACGGAGGCGCCGGCUUGAUCUUCAGCAUAGGCAUGCUAAGGUUGUUGGCCCGGGACCCGCACUUCUAUCUCCCACUAGCGCUGGACACCGUGGUGCCGGAGGCAGCGUCCGGAGAUGUGGCACUGGCCGAGGGAGCUCGGCUGCUGGGCUACGGCUUCACCCACCUGCUGCCUGCGGACGAGGCGGCGCGGGUGGCGGCGGGCAGCCCGCGGCAGAACAUCACGCGGCGCUUCUUUGGGCCGCAUUGCCUUUUCAAUGACGGGCGCCACCCCGACGAGCACCUGCGUGUGCUGCAGGAGUGGGCCACCAGGGACCCAGCUGCCUUCCGCACCAUGGUGUCCGUACACGUGCGUGUACGCAUCGUGUCAACGAGGUACCACAACCUCAUGCGGGACGUGCUUCCCGCGUACAGGGGGAUCGUGGAGCUGCUGGUCAACAUGGAGGGAGAGGGUGCAGCCGGGAGCAGUAGGGGAGGUGGAGGCGGUAAAACAGCAGCCGGUUCAGCUGGCAGAUUAAGGGGCUAGUGGUGAGGGAGUUGGUGGGGGCUUAGUGGGCAGUGUCAGGGGUCUCAGGAUCGUUCAGGGGGGGGGGGGGGUUCGGCUUCGUCGGUGGCUUCGUCAGAGGCCGCGGAAGCAAGGAUCCCAAGCUUCUCGCGGGACUUGAUGCAUUUUGUUUUCAUUCAUUCAUCCAAAUUGUCUUAGGUUGAGCGCCCUGCAAACAGCGGCCCUGAACAGAAAUCCA